AACUAGAUAAGGUCAAGUAGUGAGGCAGUGAUUCUGUUUUGAUUACGGAGCUCGUAACAAUGGCUGCUGCUUCAUCUCUCAUUUCAUCAUCAUUUCUCCUUCCUUCCAAAACCCCAACAAAUCAACGCCAAAACCACCAAUUCCCUCAGCUCCAUAGUCAGAAAAUACGAGUCGCCUUCAAGCUCCAAGCUGCCAAACUUCCUACCGGAGUGGAAGUUCCAAAAGUAGAGCCAAAAUUCCAAGCACCGUUUCUGGGAUUCACAAGGACCGCUGAAGUAUGGAAUUCCAGGGCAUGCAUGAUUGGCCUCAUUGGUAUUUUUAUUGUGGAACUGGUAAGCUCUCAUCAUCUUUUCUGGUAAUCUGUAUUUUUUGUCAUUGCUUUUCUUCUGAGAUUGUUAGCAGAGAAAUGGGUUUGUGGUUUUUGCAGAUAAUAAACAAGGGUAUACUGCAGGUUAUUGGGGUCGAUGUCGGGAAAGGCCUUAAUCUUCCUCUCUGAGGAUCUCGACCCACCCAAAUUCUCAUUUAAAUUGUUCAUUUCAAGGGGAAAACAAUACUUUUGUACACCAUAUUAUGUUCUGAACUCUGUUGUAAUGUACAAUCUGCCAUGAAUUUAAUGAUGCACACCACUGGGUUCAUCCAAUCCUGUGUCUACCAUGAAUUAUUCUACCAGAAAAUAAAGUUCAUUUUUUUUCCCUGUACAAUACGCAUCCUCAUUACAGUUCUCAUCAAGACAGUCUGAGCUGCUAGAAUGGUAAAAUUGCAAGUGUAUAAUUGUUUCGAACUUUCUAUUGCUUAGUUCAGAACAUAUAUCAUCCAUCAUGAUUUACUUCUAAAUUGUUAGUGCCACAACAAUCAGGAGGUAAGCAUACAAUACUCAAUAUUCAAGUGAGAGGAUGUGGAGUAUAGACUGAUUUUGGAAUGUUUUCGCCGGAGAUGUAUGAGUAAAGAAGGAGAAUGUGAAGAUUUACAGGACACGGAUCACUCGAGCAUCUAUAACUGGCACCACAUUAGCAGCCUCUGGGAAGUCCACUGCCGCAGCUAGUGACAUGCGGCGGUUUCUCCAUGCAUUAUCUGCCCAACUUUUCAACUUUUCUCCUUCAUGUUUUCUGUGCUGUUGAACACAGAGUACUUCUGCAUAACCACCUGUAUAUCAACAUUGAAUUGGAAAAGCGGAAUUGAAAAGGAUUCAUACUAAGCGCCCUUGAAUCAUGUUAAAUCAUCAAUUGGACAGAGUUGUUGAAUACCUUGCAUCCCUUAUGUUACACAUGAUGUGUGCAUCAUUUACGAGAAAUGCAGAGUAAACAUUCAAAUGUUCAAUAAAAGCAUGGCUCUCAA